AUGGCGGUAGUCCGUCGAUGGGUGGAGUCUCGAAAUAUUUAUUUUCGAAAUGACUGGCUGGAUGCUUGCAUAAGUUUUGUGAAAGAAGACAAUGAGGGAACGUUGUCCCCUGAUCAACUGAACGAACUUGUGUAUGAGCAGUGGCUGAUGGCUGAAAUUCAGGAAUCCAGUCGUCCUUGUCUUCCAGAAGGUCUUGAGAACCGGGAUAUCUUUAAAUUGGAGGGGACUUUCAAUCUUCAGAUCAACACUGUCCUUAAUGUUGGAGAAUCAGCAUACUCUCAAAUUCAGAAGCUUAAAGGUCAAGAUGAUCCACAAGAGCUGAACUUCAAAGCAAAUCCCUCAGAACCAAAGAUAAAACCCAGUCGAAUGUUACUGCUUGAAAUGACAGAUGGAACACAGAACCUGUUUGGAAUGGAGUAUCAACAGAUUCCAUCCCUGACAUUUAACACACCUCCUGGAUCCAAGAUACAAGUGAGCGGUCCUGUAACUUGUAGACUUGGAGCCCUGCUACUAACACCGAGCAAUGUCAAGGUAUUAGGUGGAAGUAUCAUGCAUCUGAUAGAAGACAACUCUUACUGGAACAUGCUGCAUCAUGCCAUAGGGCAAGAUCCACCUAGAAAACCAGAUAUCACAAAAACAGAAGCUAUUUCCAUUGAAAUGCACAGUGUUGAUCAGAUGACAGUCCAAGAUAAUUCAACUGCUGAUAUUACAUCCCCAAGGGAUUCAAGAACUGUGGUGAAAAGAGAAACAAACCAAAAAAAUUUUCGUGCUGGAGGGCUUACUAGUAACAACACAAGAGGUCGAAACAAAUACAAAGGGAAAUCAAAACCACAGGUUCCCAACGAGCCUAAAGAAGUUCAAGGUUGUAAGAGAGAUCUUACAGAGUUUGGUGCUAGUAACAAACUGGAAAAUGUCUGUGAUGAAGAAUUUUUUGAUGAUGACAAUGAUUUAUUAGCAGCUGUUGCAGAUGAUGAUUUCUUUGGGAUAGAGGAAGACUUUGACAUGGAACAGAUAGAUAGGCUUGAAAAAGACAUGCAAACCUCAGCAAGCACAAAAGCUAAUACAAGUGUUCAAAUAAAGUCAAACAUGAUCUCUAGUGAAAUUCCAUGUUAUGAUGAGAUCUUUGAUGAUGACUUUGUUGAUGAAGAUAUACUGGCAAACGAUUCAGAUUCCAUGGAAAUAAAACCUCUUCAUGGGAGGUUUUCUAAUGCACAAAAUAUAAGACAUAUGCAAGUGGCAAAACAAGCAAGUAGAGCAUCAAACAGCCCAUCGACAAAAUUUAGUGAUCCUGUAAAGAAAUCAAGUAAUUAUAACAGUGUUAGUGCUUUUUCUAGAAAAUUAGAUGGCAGCUCAUGGAGACCAAGCAAUGAACAAUCAAAUUCCACAGACAACAUUAAAAGAGGAUUCAUGUGCAAAAUGAAUAAUCCAACACAUGGAUGUGUUACUUUUGUCAAAUGUGAGCCAGGCGAUAAGUCCAAAGAUUCAGAGACAAAGAGAAAUCCUCCAAAUACUAACAGUGAUCAUUUUGGAACAAAAAAACUUGCAUUUACCAAGUCUUCUAGUAUUUUAAUCAAGAAAGAAUCAGACAAUGAGUUUGGAUCUAUGUUCAUCAACAAUAAUGCCACUGCUGUUGAGUUUGGCAGAAGUCAAUGCCUGGAUGCGUUUACACAAGAAGGUAGUCCCGCUCCAUUUAAGUACCUGUCAGAUGUGUUGAUGCAUGCCCCUGUCAGUGGGGAACAGACUGUCAGAAUUAAGGCUUACAUUGCAACAUUGUUAUCUCCUCCGGAUCCCACGUCAUCCCAGUGGAAUAUUAUUGUAAAAUUAAAUGAUGGAACAGCUACUGUGGAUGCCUUACUGAGUGAGAAGAUUUUGACAGAACUAUUGGAAUGUCCAAUAGAUGAAUACAGACUUGAGAUUCAAGAGGCCAUGAAAAGCCGCAACCCAGCUCUAUGCCAGAGAUUGCAUAAGAGAACGCAGCAGUUUGAACGGAACCUUGCUUCCGCUUCGGGCUUGAUGGAUUUACAGUUCUCACCGGACACGCCCUUACCACUUGUUCUCAGCCUUACUCGGCCAACUUUCAGAGACGUUUCCAAAAUGAUUCAUUGCGUUAGAGCAACUUUUUAGUUUCGAAUUUUUUUUCUCGUAUGGACACUGUAUAAAUUGAUACUCACAAUAAAGAACUGUUUUAUGAUAAGAACAUACGCGUUGGGUUCCAAUACAUAUUCUGAGCAAAUUGUUCGGUGACGAGCCUCGAGAGGAAAAGUCUCUUCUAGGCAAAUUUCAAACGCAAAUUUAACAAGGAAUGAUUUUCCGAGAAGUAGGUCUGGCAGUUCCACGCAAAAAGGAUCCUGCAAAGCUAGUCCUUAUUAUCUUUGCCCACCCGUGCACGUUUGCAUUUUUGUUUGUUUGUUUAUCUCGUUCAAGUCCUUUGAGGCUUAAAGCCGUUGUGAUGUUUGACUGUAUCCUAUGAUCAGUUUACACCGUUUUCGCUGACCCGGUUUGGGUGUGUGUCCAUUUUCAAACCAGCGACUUUUGAGUGAGCCCAAGAUUCUGUAAGAAAUGUGAAAAAAUUGCGCCAUUGCCGUUCUAGAGGUGAGUAAACAAAGGAGAUUAGUGGGGCUU